GGGCCCCCCCCAACUAUGGACGAGCGGCUGCUGGGGCCGCCCCCUCCAGGCGGGGGCCGGGGGGGACUGGGAUUGGUGGGUGGGGAGCCUGGGGGCUCUGGGGAGCCUCCCGGUGGCGGAGACCCCGCUGGGGCUAGUGGGGGGGUCCCGGGAGGACGAGGGAAGCAAGACAUCGGGGACAUUCUGCAGCAGAUAAUGACCAUCACCGACCAGAGCCUGGACGAGGCCCAGGCCAAGAAACAUGCCCUAAACUGUCACCGCAUGAAGCCUGCUCUCUUUAGUGUCCUGUGUGAAAUCAAGGAGAAAACAGGCCUCAGCAUUCGAAGCUCCCAAGAGGAGGAGCCUGUGGACCCACAGCUGAUGCGCUUGGACAACAUGCUUCUGGCAGAGGGUGUGGCUGGGCCCGAGAAGGGGGGUGGCUCAGCAGCAGCAGCGGCAGCCGCUGCAGCCUCGGGGGGUGGCGGCUCCCCUGACAACUCCAUCGAGCAUUCGGACUACCGCAGCAAACUUGCCCAGAUCCGCCAUAUCUACCACUCAGAGCUGGAGAAGUAUGAGCAGGCAUGUAACGAGUUCACGACCCAUGUCAUGAACCUGCUGAGGGAGCAGAGCCGCACGCGGCCCGUGGCACCCAAGGAGAUGGAGCGCAUGGUGAGCAUCAUCCAUCGAAAGUUCAGUGCCAUCCAGAUGCAGCUCAAGCAGAGCACCUGCGAGGCUGUCAUGAUCCUGCGUUCCCGCUUCCUGGAUGCCAGAAGAAAACGCCGGAACUUCAGCAAACAGGCCACCGAGGUCCUAAAUGAGUAUUUCUACUCCCACCUGAGUAACCCUUAUCCUAGUGAGGAGGCUAAGGAGGAGCUCGCCAAGAAGUGUGGAAUCACCGUCUCUCAGGUCUCCAACUGGUUUGGCAACAAGCGGAUUCGCUAUAAGAAAAAUAUUGGAAAGUUCCAAGAGGAGGCAAACAUCUAUGCUGUCAAGACUGCCGUGUCAGUCACCCAGGGGGGCCACAGCCGUACCAGCUCCCCAACACCCCCUUCCUCCGCAGGCUCUGGUGGCUCUUUCAAUCUCUCAGGAUCCGGAGACAUGUUUCUGGGGAUGCCCGGGCUCAACGGAGAUUCCUAUUCUGCUUCCCAGGUGGAAUCACUCCGACACUCAAUGGGGCCAGGGGGCUAUGGCGAUAACCUCGGAGGAAGCCAGAUGUACAGCCCUAGGGAAAUGAGGGCAAAUGGCAGCUGGCAGGAGGCUGUUACCCCGUCCUCAGUGACAUCCCCGACAGAGGGACCAGGGAGCGUUCACUCUGACACUUCCAACUGAUCUCACCCCUAAGGGCCACACGGGUGGGGGCUCACAAGGCAACUUUUGAAGAGGACACAGGCAUCCAGAGGACAACCCCGAAAGGAGAAGCACAAGACAGAAGGGCAAAUGGGGUCAUUCCCUCCCCGGCCAGACUCUCCAGUGCUGGGGGUGCUGACUACAUGGCAGAGAGAAUAGGAUCUCCUAAGGGGAGAGUGGAGUCUGUCUUCCCCUUUUUCCUUUUCAGUCUUUUCUUCCUCUCUCCCUUUCUCUCUUACACAGAAAUACACAACCAGAACCCUAUUUUUCAGAUCCCUUUCUAUUCUUUCUCGUAUAUACAUACAGCUAUUCUGUCUCUGUCUCUCUCUCUCUUGGCUCCCCCACUCUCCCUCCCUCACCCCACUUAUCUGCUC